AUGUCCUCAGUGGAGAAAACUGGGGGCAAUCCAGGGUCACAGCAAUUCACCGACCUGCUCGACAAGUACAACCCGGACACCGUGGAGCUUCUGAUCGCGGACAAGGAGGAGGUGAGGCGGGAGCAACGCCUCUACAAAUGCUGGUCUGGGGCCAAGGAGAUCGAAUUGGAGGUAGAUUCCAUCAGCUUUUCGUACGAAAGGGAAGCUUUGGCUCCUCAGCAUGACAGUACGGGUGGCACCGAGAUGAACGAGCAGGACCAGCGACGGGAGAAUCAAAAGAACGAGGUUCGCAAAAUCAAAGCCAAGACGACAGAGUCUCUUGCAAAGAGUGUUAUUCAGCUGGGCAACUCCAACCUGCUCACCAUCAGAGGCUACCGGAGCAAGCUUGUCGCCAACAAUGUGUCUCCCGGCUAUAAUAUACAUGCCCUAAACCAUAAGAACUCUAAGAGUCUCGGCCCCGAGACCAAUAAUUCCUGCAUUAUAUUUAAUCUCCAUGGAGCUGCUAUACAGCUCUACCCGGUAAACCCCAAGGCCAAACGAACCUAA